CUGACAGUCUACUGGGAAGCAAGAACCUUUUUCAAACGAAGCAUUGAGUUACACGAAACUUUAAAGAAAUGAGUAUAUUCUUGGGUGAUCAUGGCACAUUUCAAAAAGCAGGCCCUGAAAUGCAAGAUCGAAUUGAGAAGGUGAAGGAGGCUGCAGAAAAAAAACAUUGCCAAAAAUUUGAUAUGUAUGAGGCAGACAUGUACAGUAGUCAUGCUGUGUCUGGGACGCUUUAUUAUGUGAAGGUCAAAAUUGAUCCUGACCAUUUUGUUCUUCUACAAGUGUAUGAACCCCAUGGGAUUGUGCAACAUUACGAAAAAAACGCACCGGAGCUCACAUUAGUUGACAAAUUUAAAAUGUAGACAAUAAAGGAUCCGCUGGAAUAUUUUUGAGUUCAUGUAAACACUUUUAGGUAAUCAGUUGAAUUGACAAUGAUUGUAGAGAAGAGUUUUCGCAAUACAAUAAAGUAAAAAUAAAAUUUUUGUGAAAUUA